AUGGAUCUUCCCCAAACGCAGGCGCUCGUGCGGAAGCGCGCUGACACCGAUUUGAUGCCGCCACCACCACCGACCAAGAAGAUCAAGCGACCGAAGAAGGUCAUAGACGAAGAUGCAUACACCGACGCUUUGUCCCAAAUCAUCGCACGUGAUUUCUUUCCUGGUCUUCUCGAAACGGAAACGAAGCAAGAAUACCUAGACGCUCUCGAAUCCAAGGACGCGGCCUGGAUAUCCAACGCAGGUCAAAGGCUGCAGCGCGUCAUGACUCCUGGACGCCACACCUCACAAACACCACGAAGGAACACAAGGCAUACAAACAAUGGGCGGACACCCUCGGCAUAUGGCGCCGACACGCCAAUGUCGGCUUCGACCACUGCCAGGGAGGUGCCUGUGCCAGCGAUCGACACCAACAUGAGCCUGGCGAGCUUCCAGGCCAAAUAUACGAGCGAGGACAACGAGAGUUUCUACAAGCUUUUGGAUAAGCAAAAUCAGAAGAAGGCUGAGAAGUAUGCUUGGAUCUGGCGUGGGAACAAGUUGCCGUCGAAGCAAAUGAUCAAGCAAGCCGAGGUCGAAGCAAAGAUCGCGACGACGAGAAGCCUAGUGGAUGACGGCUUCAAGCGCGACAGGCUGGCCAUUAAGGAUAAAGACGACAGGCCUGGGCGUCCGGACAGUUGGAACGCGAAUCCCCGAAAUGGCCUAAUGUUCGAGCCGGAGGGGGUAGAUGACGAGUACGAAAGCCCUGCGCAAAAAGCGCAAGCUGAGUCAAGAAUGGCGCCCAAGUCGAUCAAUUAUUUGAACACGAGGGUACCGGAGCCUGCUGCCAUCAAGCGACCCGCAUCUCCGACCCUGUCUGCUGUAAGAGAUGCCAUCGCUGGACGGACCAGGGCCAAUGACCAGAACUCCAGUAUGGUGGGGGGUAGUGAGACGCCAAGAGUCAACGGAUAUGCAUUUGUUGAUGACGAGGAUGAUGAGCCGGAGACAGCGGCGCUUCCGGUCAUUGAUCUCGGACCAGGAGACGCCACUCCGAACCCUUUCAAACUCCAGGAACAGGGCAAGAGAGAGAGCCUUCACCACCGUCUCGUCGAGCGGGCAGCCCAAUCGAAACGAGAAGCUGUGAAGAACGGGCUGUCUGGCAAAGCAGCUAAGACGCCUGUGCCCAAGUUCCCAUCAAGCCCGCGCGUUACAGGAGGAUUGACGCCCGCAGCGCAGAGGUUAUGGAGCCAAAUCGGAAGCCCCCGGCCUGGCAGCUCAGGUGGUUCCGGAUCCAAGUCAACGCCCAUGCGAGCUCGUGGCUCUUUAUUGAAGAGCGUCUCAAGGAAAGAAUAG